CGUUCAACGUUUACCUGAAAAGUUGGGAGCCAGAGCACUGACGCAAGUGAAGAGAUUCCGCAUUACGUCAUCGCGAAGGCCACACACUGGAGGCUGCCUCUGUUCUCCUCAGCCAGCAGGCUACGCUACCCGAAAAUUUCCACAACACAAGCUUUUGCAGGAGAGCGGCACAAGAUCGGCCGCUUCGUGCAGUGAUGCAGCACCCUACUACACCAAAGAAACCCUGAUCGCACCGCGGGACACGACCGGCUGUCGGAUUCCUGGGUGGAAAAACAGUGAUGUUGCAUGACAUGCCUCGAAACAAAUUGUGAAUGAUUGAAGACUUCAGGCGGAGCGGUGACAACAUGGCAGAUAGAAGGCAACUGUUUGUCGAGAUGAGGGCUCAAGAUCUGGACUCCAUACGAUUAUCGACAUACAGAACAGCCUGCAAACUCAGAUUUGUCCAGAAGAAAUGCAAUUUGCAUUUGGUCGACAUUUGGAACGUCAUCGAGGCUUUCCGAGAGAACGGCAUCAACACCAUGGACCUCAACGCUGAGCUUUCUGUAGCUCGUCUAGAAGUGGUACUGUCCACCAUUUUUUACCAGCUGAACAAGCGCAUGCCCACCACACACCAGAUAAACGUGGAACAGUCCAUCAGCCUACUGCUCAACUUCCUGCUGGCGUCCUAUGACCCGGAGGGCCAUGGCAAGAUAUCUGUCUUUGUUGUGAAGAUGGCCCUUGCAACCAUCUGUGGAGGGAAAAUCCUGGAUAAAUUAAGAUAUAUUUUUUCACAGUUAUCAGAUUCUGCUGGAAUAAUGGUGCAUUCGCAGUUUGACCAGUUUCUGAGGGAGGUUCUUAAAUUACCCAUGGCUGUUUUUGAGGGACCUUCUUUUGGUUACACUGAACAAGCUGCGAGAAGUUGCUUCACACAGCAGAAAAAGGUCUCCCUCAAUACAUUCCUGGAUACGUUGAUGUCAGACCCGCCCCCUCAGUGUCUGGUGUGGUUACCGCUCAUGCAUCGGCUCGCCAACGUGGAGAAUGUCUUUCACCCGGUCGAGUGCUCCUACUGCCAUACUGAGAGUAUGAUGGGCUUCCGCUACCGCUGCCAGCAAUGUCAUAAUUACCAGCUCUGUCAGGACUGCUUCUGGAGGGGGCAUGCCAGUGGUUCCCAUAGCAACCAGCACCAAAUGAAGGAGUAUACGUCAUGGAAAUCUCCUGCUAAGAAGUUAUCCCAUGCCCUCAGUAAGUCAUUGAGCUGUGCAUCAAGCAGAGAGCCUCUUCACCACAUGUUUCCCGAAAUGACAGACAAACCCCUCAACCUAGCUCAUAUUGUAGAUACGUGGCCACCGAGACCAGUGAACAUCACCAAUGACUACUCCCUCUCCCACUCCAUGCCGACAUCAGGGAACCCUUACUCCACCAAAAACAAGAGUAAUGAUUUUGAGCAAAGAAAGCCCUUGACUGAGGCUGCUCCACAUCUGUUGAAAGGCAGAGGGUUAAACUACAACCUCGAUGUUGCUGAUAGACUUGCAGACGAACAUGCUCUGAUUGCCCUCUAUGUGAAUCUCCUCCAAAACAACCCCAAAACAUGUUUGCUGGAGAGCAGUAACCAUCAAGAUGAGGAGCACAGUCUCAUCGCCCGCUAUGCUGCUAGACUGGCUGCUGAUGCUGCGGCUCAACAGCAGAGGAUCCCCACAGACCUCCCCUGCUCUCUGGAUGCCAACAAACAGCAGAGGCAGCUCAUCGCCGAGCUCGAGAGCAAAAACAGAGAAAUCCUGCUUGAAAUCCAGCGGCUGCGCCUUCAGCAUGAGGAGGCCCCCCAGCCGCCACCUGACAGAGGUCAGCAGAACCCCACUCUCCUGGCUGAGCUACGACUUCUCAGGCAACGCAAAGAUGAGCUUGAACAAAGAAUGUCUACUCUGCAGGAGAGUCGCAGGGAACUCAUGGUGCAGCUGGAGCAGCUAAUGAUGCUUCUCAAGCUGGAAGAAGAACGGAAACAGGCUACUCAGGGUCCCGGCUCUCCACGCUCUUCCCCCAGUCACACCAUCAGCCGGCCGAUCCCCACACCAAUCCUCUCGGACUCUGCUGGCACGACCCCAACUCACACACCUCAGGACUCACUCAUGGGCGUGGGAGGGGACGUUCAGGAGGCCUUCGCUCAGGGUCCAAGGAGAAAUUUGAGAAACGACCUGCUCAUUGCUGCUGACUCAAUCACCAACACAAUGUCAUCGCUGGUCAAAGAACUCAAUUCAGAGGGUGGAAGUGAGACUGAGAGCACUGCUGAUUCAGACUUUGGGCGUGGUGACCUAUUGGCUGCAACCUCUUCGGAUCCUUUCUUCACAUAUAAACCAAGGAGUGCCGGCGCUGCAGAGGAGGAGAGCUUCGAGAACGAUCUGGAGCAGCAGUUGGAGAACGAGCUCAAGUUGGAGGAGCUAAUGAAGCACAGGCAGGAACCAGACAAAGCGUGCAUAGUGACGCUGCAGCAGUGACUGUGUUAGUCCUGGUGACUGGUGAGCAAUAUGAAAAGCAACAAUAGUAAAAGACGAGACAACACUGGACGAGACGACACUGGUAGAGACAACACUGGGCCGACGGUAAAGAGCACUGAAGAUAUGAAGAUUUUGAGUUGAAUAAAUGGCUGAAUCCAACCAUAGAAUACAUUUAUGUAAAGAUAUAUUUUUUAACCAACCACAUAUUUAAGGUAAUACUGUGAGCUGAUGUAAAGAGAUUAACUAGUGAGCUGUCUAUUACACCACAGGUGCCAUAAAAACCACAUGACUUUGGGGAAUUAUUUCUUAGUUUUUAGCUUUUUUUAUAUGAGUUGUCAAGCAAAUGUACAUUGUUAGUUCAGGGUGGUAAACCUGACUCUUUCAAAUUCUCAUGUUUCUGCAAACGGUGACCCAGGUUUAAGUGUUUGUUUGUCUUCUGAUUUAAGAUAUAAACCUGCUUUGGAGUUGAAGUUGUAGAUGAAAAAAAUGCAAUAUUUUAUAAGUGUAUAACUCCAGAUUUAACCACUAGUCCACUGAUUUCUUACUGUUGCUGUUGAGUGGCUUUUGUCAUAGUUUUUUUGUUUUUGGAGCAGGCCGAUCAGAUUUUAUUUGAUACAUUAGUGCACACAUGCCUUAGCUGAUUGGAUGACCUCUCAGAGGAGCUCAUUCAAACUGUCAAUGCAGCAUGUAGCUAACAAGAAAACACACCUGUUCAACAGAAAUAGCUUCACUGGAAAAAUCUGAUGCUGGGGAAUAAUAAAUAUGUAUACUGUCUACAUAUAAACUGUCGGUUAAAUAUCAGAUGGAUUGGUACAGUGAAAAAGAUGUAACUCAGAGACUUCCAAAUCUCUCAAAGUCAAAGGUUUACACUGGUAAGGGCAUUGAACAAAUUGUGUUUACUCUCAAUGGUUUAUGAAUUAAGGUUCGAUCAUUUGCCAUUGUUUCAUUUGUUAGCAUCAAUGCUCUCACACAUAAAUCUCUGUGUGACUUGCACACCAAACACAAACACACUCUUGAUGUAUUUUCCGAGUGUGGGCGAAACUUUACUCAGUCACUUUUGGGGAAAAGUGGCAAGCCAAUCUAAAAUCAUAAAUGUGUGAAAUAUAUGUAGUUUGAUUUUUGAGCAAGUUCAUAGCAGUGAUUUUGCAUGGUGGUGAUGCAUAAUAAAGUGUUGACACAAUAUCACA